UGUCUACUAUCAUUAACUUAAAAGAGCCACUGUCCUCCGCUGUCCGCCGCCGUGAGAAACAGAGGAGGUUACUGAAAUGGAAGGGAAGGAAGAAGAUGUAAGACUUGGAGCCAACAAGUUCAACGAGAGACAGCCGAUCGGAACCGCGGCACAGAGUCAAGACGACGCCAAGGACUACCAGGAGCCACCGCCGGCGCCGCUUUUCGAGCCGGACGAGCUCACUUCAUGGUCCUUUUACAGAGCCGGAAUCGCCGAGUUUUUCGCCACUUUCCUCUUCCUCUACAUCACUGUUUUGACCGUCAUGGGUGUCGUCCGGUCCAAUGAAGCCAACGGCAACACUUGUAAGACCGUCGGGAUCCAGGGGAUCGCUUGGGCUUUCGGCGGUAUGAUUUUUGCUCUGGUUUACUGUACCGCUGGAAUCUCCGGUGGGCACAUUAACCCGGCAGUGACUUUCGGGCUGUUUCUGGCCAGGAAGCUGUCGUUGACAAGAGCGAUUUUCUACAUGGUGAUGCAGUGCCUUGGCGCCAUCUGCGGGGCCGGUGUGGUGAAGGGAUUCCAACCCAAUCCCUACAACAGGCUCGGCGGCGGAGCUAACAUGGUGAGCAAGGGGUACACCAAAGGCGACGGCCUUGGCGCUGAGAUUGUGGGCACAUUUAUCCUUGUUUACACCGUCUUCUCCGCCACUGACGCCAAACGUAGCGCCAGAGACUCGCAUGUUCCAAUUUUGGCACCCCUACCAAUUGGGUUCGCAGUGUUUCUAGUCCACUUGGCCACCAUCCCGAUCACCGGCACCGGCAUUAACCCUGCCCGGAGUUUGGGAGCCGCCAUAAUCUACAACAACGAGAAAGCCUGGGAUGACCACUGGAUUUUCUGGGUGGGACCAUUCAUCGGCGCUGGUCUAGCCGCUCUGUACCACCAAGUUGUGAUCCGAGCCAUCCCCUUCAAGUCCAAGUGAAAUCUCAUCAAAUCAUGAUAAAUCAAUCACAGCCGUCCGAUGCCCGAAAAAAAAUUCGCAUCUUUAUAUAUUUUGGCUGCUUGCCCUUUUGGCUUUUGUGUUGUAAUUUUCGAAUUUUGUAUUUCGAAAUCUUAUUCUGUCGCUUUAAUAUGUAGAAUCUUCCAGUUGCGUUCCUUCAA